AUGGAGGAAAAUCAACAGGAUGUAUUAAAAGUAAAGUUUAUUAAAUCAGAUUCAGUAGAAAGAAGAGGGGUCUUUAUCCCAGUCGAAGAAAAUAAGAAAACAUAUAAAUUAGAGGGGUUAUUAAGUUAUGUAAAGAGUGAAAAAAGAACACAACCACCAGAAUUUUGUAAAGAUUUAGCAAUUGUUUUAACACAUCCACAUCCAAUGUUGGGAGGUUCAUUUAGAAAUAAUGUAGUUUUGGGUGUAGCAGAUUAUUUUACAACUUAUUUACAAAUACCAACUUUAUGUUUUAAUUUUAGAGGUGUCAGUAAAUCAGAGGGUAGCGGCAGUUGGUUUGGAGGUUCUGAAAGACUAGAUACAUUGGCUGCAGUAAAUUAUUUAUUAUCAUUAAAUAAUGAUGUACCAACUAUUAAAAAAGUUUUAAUUGUAGGUUAUUCAUAUGGUUCAGUUAUUGGUUCAUCCAUAGCAGAUGAACACCCAGAUAUUUUGGGAUUUUCAGCUAUUAGCUAUCCAUUUGGACCAUUGACACUAAUGUUGUUAGGUAGCCUUUUACCACAUGCUUCAAAUUCAUUAAAACCAAAAUACUUUUUAAUUGGUGAUUCUGAUAACUUUACAAGUGUUUCAACUUUUAAAAAAAGAUUAAAAGAUUUUAAAGGUGAUAAAUUAGAAUCUAAAAUAUUUGAAGGUGUUGAUCAUUUUUAUGGUGGUAAUGAAAAGGAUUUAGCAAAGGAAAUAGCAAAAUGGAUUUGCAAAGUAUCGAUAAACUAUAGUGAAGAGCAACAACAACAACAGCAACAGCAACAACAACAACAUCAAUAA